AUGUCUGCCGUUCUCCAGCCCUCCAAGGAAUCUAUCAUAAAGUUCAUUGUAGAACACAAACAGAGUACAGCCGUGUGUUUAUUUGAUUUGAAGCAAGAAUUUGGAGAUUCAUGCAUGCCAUCGCUUGAACAUCUAGUGGGGGAAACUAUUUUAACAGAACGGAAGAGAAACAUAGGAUCAAAUAAUACGUGUGAUAGCUUUGGUAAAAACUCCGAGGAUACUUUAACUAUAUAUUAUCUCGAUAAUUCCCGUACUGAGCAUAAAGGCGUUAAGCGCAAAUCGCUACCAGAAUCCGAUAUCACAUCCAUAGAAUCUGAUCCGAAAGCUCUGGCUGAGAAGACUAAACCAAUUUAUGCAAAGCAGACUUUAUUACAGUCACAGAUAAAAUCUCUCGAGGAACGACUAAACGCGUUGAAAGCAGGCGAGACAGAAACCAUGAAACAAUUCGAUGGAGCAACCGAUAUCCAAAAGAUUCUCAAUGCUCAUUAUAAACGAAUACAUGAAUAUAAUGAAAUAAAAGAUGUUGGACAAAUGCUGCUUGGAAAGUGUGCAGAAAUCGAGGGAACAACAACCAGAGAAAUGUAUAAGAAGUUUGGCGUAGAUAUCGAAGAUUAA